UAGCGGGGAAGAGAAGCAGACAGCUGAGGAAGCAGCCAGGGGGGAAAAAAAGAGGAGGGGGCAGACACAAGAACACAGACAUGAAGACAGAGGAAAUUAGGAUGCAGAGGCAAGUGGAGAAAUUUUUAAAGCAAGGGCAGAUGAGAAGAAAGAGGGAGAAAGAACAAUAAAGAAGUCAUCGCACCAUCUGCUCCCACAGAGAGAAACAUGUUAGCCAUUCAGACGACAGCAGGGAGGCAGCCAGCGAUCUGCAGUGAGAUACAAACAACCCCUCCUGAAUGCACCUCAGGGAGCUGCACUGCAUUUACAGUCAUUACAGUGGCAGUAAUCAAUGGACUUGGCAAUGCGACAGCUGCAAGAGUAACAAGCAGUCAGAAUGAAGAGCCUGCAGAUUAAACACAGGAGACUUUCGUUUAAGAGAGCAGAGUAAACCAUGCCAAGAUUUGACCUGCAGGCGAUGUCUCUGUCUGGAGACACAACCACUGUUAUUUGUCUUUUGUAAAAUAUUUGUAGCAUACUGUACACUGGUACUGUACUAUUUUUUAUUCCUGACAAGCUGGAUUUGUGAGAACAAAAGAUGCACACUCCAGCCUCCAUGGUGAUGGGGAUCGUUUUUGCCCCCUUGGGUUUGGUCCUAGUCUUCACUGCUGCCAUCACCCCCCAGUGGAGAGAGGGACAGGCACAUUUGGGAAUGGCAGGACCGGGAAGUCUGCUCCGGUCAGGAACAAAAAGUCAUGGGACCAGGUCCAGUUCAGUGGAGGCACUGAUCUUGUUGCGCUCUGAUGGACUAUGGGAGAGCUGCCUGCAGGUGGAGCGCUCUGACUUGAGGCAGUGCUGGCCUGUGGCUGGUCCGUAUCAGAGAGACCCCAGGGUUCGUCUGGCACAGGGUUUGGUGCUAACUUCCUUGUUCCUGUGCGGCACUGGCAUUGUCCUGGCUUGCAUCGGGGUCCGGUGUUGGGCAGAUCUCCCUCUGAGAGGUGUAGCAGCCUCAGGAGGACUUCUGGUGGUGACAGCAGGGCUGCUGAGCCUGACUGCGUUAGGGGUUUACACCCACAACCUUAAAAGACUCGGGAUGGAUCCAAGUCAAAGGAUUCAUAACCCACGGUACCCACACCUCAACUUGCAUCCAGCUGGCUCGCUUUACUUUGGGUGGCUGGGUUCGUGUCUACAAGUGUUGGGAGGCGCCGCUUUGCUUUUCAGUUUCAAACGACCACGAUGCCCAACCUGCCCAUCUAGGCAUGAGCUAUCUGUCUCUCCCUGCCACUCAUGUCCAGAAAUGACCAACAAGCCUGACAUGGAUGUAUAUGAAGUUAGUUGUUAGAAGCUUGUCCAACAUUUUAAACGUGGACAGAAAGCGUGGACAGAAAAGAGAAAAAAAAGCAUUAAGGGCACUUUCUAAACCCAUUUUUAUCUUUUCAGUGUGUAGCUUAUGUAAUGAAAAGUCAUAAAUUCAUAAAUGACUGUGUACUACCAGACAUUGCUGCUUAGUAAUGAACUGUCAUGCAGGUUUAAACAUAAUGGAUGUAGCUCUCCUUUAACACAGGAACAAACAUGAUCUGGGGGUGUAAAUAAAAACAAAUGGAUGAAUGUCACGUUAGAAAAAGAUUCAACAUCACGCUGCCUUUAAAUGCAACAUGUGGUGAAAUACGAUUGAAGUAUUGCUUUGUGUUGCCUUUACGUUGUAGCCAUGCAUUUGUACUGUUAAGAAGAAAAUUGUCUGAACAGAACUGUGAAUCAUAGAUGAUGCCAGCAGAAGCCUAAAAAAAUAGCUUAGAUUCUUAAGAUCAUCACACUCGGUUUCAUCUGUAUUAAGCUGGUUGUUAACAAAAAAAAAGAUUUACAUUUAUAUGUGAUAUCCUGUUUUGUUGAUGAAUUUGCUGCUCUUGAGCACAGGAGGAGCUUUCACUGGGUAACAUUAUAUUUCUGGAAUAAGAUGAGCACUACGAAUAUUAAAGUAGGCGUCACAGGAGGAUAUACAAAAGGGUAUUUUUUUAUUCCUUGCAAAUGACUUGUUUGUGUUGUCAUUUCAUGCUCAUAUUUGUUGCACUAAAUAAAAAAACUAUUUAUCACAA